UUGACCAGUUUGACCCCUACUCGAAAGGGAAACGUAAGCAUUUCUUCGGGAUGAAAAAAGAAGAACAAAGAGCAGAAAGAGAGAGAGUCCGAUUCCGACUCCGGCUCCGUUAAUGGUGUCGACGGCUCACUGGCUUCGAAUGGAGUCCGCUUCCUCCACCGCCUUCUCCUUCACUCUCAGGCGCUCCUUAUCCACCAAGCUCGGGGAAGCCGCCGCCGCCACAGCCGCUGGCAGCGGCAUCACUCGGCGGGCGAGGAGGCCGUCCGUUCGCGUCUCUGCUCUCUCGUACCGGAAGUUCAUCCAAUUCGCUCUUGACGAGACGGCACUCCACACUCACUUGACCCCUUCUCCUUUGCAGGAAAGUUUCAGCUCCAUGAAGCCAUUGGAUGACAAAACAGAGAUCGAGUUGUUAUCGUAUAAAGCGCCAAAAAUUAGGUUGCUUCGGAGUUUGAGCAUUCAGGGGAGCAAGGGACUGCAGGUUUUGGAUUUUGCUAUGUUUCCAGAACCAGAAUAUGAUCUUCCUAUAUUCUGUGCCAACUUUUUCACUGCUGCCGAGACAAACAUAGUUGUCCUGGACCUUAACCCUCUAUAUGACGUCAUCAAGCACAAAGGAUACAAAGAUAAGUACUAUGAAGGCCUGAUGUCUUUAGGACUCAAGUAUGCAGAGCUUUUACCAUGGGGUGGAAAAUUAACGGGCGAAUCAUUGAGAUUCUUCUCACCGAUAGUCAUAUGGACCAGGUUUGAGUCUAGUCAACACAUGCAUGACGUAUUAUACUCUGCAUUCGUGGAUUAUCUCAAGGCUUGGCUUCUUUUGAUGGACCGGGGAAUAAGGGAGACUGAUGCAUCGCACAUUAUAGCCAACUGUGAAGCGCAGCAUCGGUAUCUGACUUGGAGAGCAGAAAAGGAUCCAGGUUAUCAAGUUUUGAAAAGGUUAAUUGGGGAGACACAUGCAAAGAAUGUGGUCCGGAGCUUUCUAUUCGACGGAGUAGAUUCACUAGGCAGCAAGACGUUUUUGGACUACUUUCCAGAAUAUCGAUGUGAAGAAGGAAGAGUAAAUGAGAAGAGAAGCAUGAUUGGGAAGUCUUUCGCAACUCGCCCGUGGAACCCAAAAGGUGAAUUUAUUGGAAACCACAAUGACUAACCCGUGCCGAACAUCUAUUCUGUUCAUUGUGCCUCUGUUGCCACCUCGGUAGGGUCUGUUUCAUUGUGCUGCUGCACUUAAACUAGUGCAUAAGUGAGUUCUCUCUCUCUUUGGUUCAGCGACAUCUUUUCGGGUUUGGUUGUCCAUUCCUCAAAUUGACAAAAUUGUUAUAUUAGUCAUUUGUAAGUUUUGCGCGUUCUUCUUGCAAAAGGGUAAGUCCUUGAUCUGUAAAUAUGGUGCCAGAGUUUGAAGAUGCAGCCACAUGUAUUUAAAUGCGCCUUUCUUUCCUGUAAGCGACUUUCUAUCGCUUGUUGAUUUGCGUAGACAACCCGAGGCCUAGGUUUAAUUCGGUGGUCAUCGAGUAUAUGUAAAGUUUUUCGUAUUGGCUACAUGCGUAAUACCGCGACAUCAAGGUUUAGC